UCCUAUAUAUAUAUACAUAUACACACAUUUUAACCCUUAGAAAGCUUCGUGUAAGAGACCUCUAUUAUAUUCAGUUUUUUAUGAUGUCCACCAUAGCUAAAGAUGAACCGGACUACGAUAGUAGCUGUUCGUCGGCAACGGUGCCGGAUUCGAGCCGGAGCUGGAUGAGCAACAUGAGCUUCAGCAGCCGCCGGAGUUCCAUUUCCGUUUGCUCCUCCAACGACACGGCGUAUUACUCAAACAGUCACAAGCCGCACAAGGCGAACCAAGCGGCUUGGGAAGCCAUGAAGAGGCUCCGGGCCGACAAAGGUGGCCAGGUCCGGCUCGACCACUUCCGCCUCAUCCGCCGGGUCGGCAGCGGCGACAUCGGGAACGUGUACCUCUGCCAGAUACGGAACCCGGUGGUGGGGCUGCCGCCGUGCUUCUACGCCGUGAAGGUUGUGGACAGGGAGGCGUUGGCUAUAAGGAAGAAGCUCCAGAGGGCGGAAAUGGAGAAGGAGAUCUUAGCCAUGCUUGACCACCCUUUUCUCCCAACGUUGUACGCUGAGUUCGAUGCUUCCCACUAUUCUUGUUUGGUUAUGGAGUUCUGCCCCGGUGGGGACUUGCACGCCGCUCGACAACGCCAACCCGGAAAGCGCUUUUCCCUUUCUUCAGCUAAGUUUUAUGCAGCAGAAACACUACUAGCAUUGGAGUAUCUACACAUGAUGGGGAUUGUAUAUAGAGAUCUGAAACCAGAAAAUGUGCUAGUAAGAGAAGACGGUCACAUUAUGCUCUCAGAUUUCGAUCUCUCUCUCAAAUGUGAAGUUGUCCCAAGGCUCAUCAAAUCCAAAGUUGCACCACACAAAUCCGCCAUGGAAACCAACAUAAAGCCCACUGCAUGCUCCUCACCUUCAUGCUCUCUCCCCAUUCGCCCAGUACUCUCCUGCUUCUCCUCCGCUAAGAUCACAACAAAAACCAUCAGAGAACACGCCGACGGCGCCGGCGCCGGCGAAGUAGAGGAAGACGACGAGUAUGAGUACUACAAUCAAGCAGAGCUGGUGGCGGAGCCCAUAAACGCCAGGUCAAAGUCCUUCGUCGGAACCCACGAGUAUUUGGCGCCGGAGGUGAUCUCCGGCCAAGGGCACGGCAGCGCGGUGGACUGGUGGACGUUCGGGGUGUUCCUGUACGAGCUGGUGUACGGCACCACCCCUUUCAAAGGCGACAACAACGAGAAAACCCUAAUCAACAUCCUCAAAAAGCCGCUGGCGUUUCCUAGGAUGGAGUUCAGCAGCAGCAAAGAGUACGAGGAAAUGGUUAAGGUUCAGGACUUGAUAAGCAGAUUGCUGACGAAGAAUCCGAAGAAGAGGAUUGGGAGUAUGAGGGGGAGCGUUGAGAUCAAGAAGCAUGAGUUCUUUAAGGGUGUAAAUUGGGCGCUGAUUAGGUCGGUCCGGCCGCCGGAAGUGCCGUCGGAGACGCGUCACAAGCAGAUUUUGGGGCGGAGUAGGAGCGGCGCCGCUGCCGCGGUGAUACCAAAGCUGAUGAGCAAGAAGGAGCGAGAAGAACCGUAUCAGAUCCCACAUUAUUUUGAUUACUUUUAAUUUUACUGUAAAUCAUGAAAUAAAAAUUCCUAGGUUAAUUAUGAGUAAUUAAUUACAAAGGAUAGCCUUGUUAAUCAUAUGUUUGACGUAGGAAGCUGAGUGCUUUUUAAGUGUUUUUUUUUUUUUUUUUUUUUCAUUUUUUCUUUAUUUUUCACUUAUUAGUGGGUGAUGAUCGAUCGACAACAACUUUCGUAUUGUAAAAUUAUAAAUUUGAUAAUAUAUAUGCAUGAGAUAUUUUUGUUCA